AUGUCUCAAGGUAGUUGUUCAUCUCACGUAAAAUGUAAUUGUGGCACCAUUGCAAAACACCUCACUUCAUCGACUCCUAGUAAUCCCGGACGGAAAUUCUACAAAUGUCCGAGGCCUAAGGGUAAUUCUUGUGGAUUUUGGGAAUGGGAAGAUGAAUUAUUCCCUGAGAUUCAGUGGAAUAAUGUUCAAAAUUUGACGUCGUCGUUAGAUGCGAUCAAGAUCGAAAGGGACAAAUUGCAAGAAGAAUUAAUUGCCAUUGAGGCUAGACAUCUAAUUGAAGUGAACAAAAUGAAGGAGGAAUUAAUUGGCUUGAAGAGUAAACAACAAUUUGACUUGAAAAAAGUUCUAAACUUGGAGGAGAAACUUGCAAAUACAAGGAUGUUGCUUUUGAUUUCGUGGGGAAUAUUUAUUAGCUUUUUGGCGGCUUCCUUAAUUAACUGA